AUGGUACACCACUGGCUCCCUGUCAAGGGCAGCUUCGAAUUCGCCGAUGGCGAGACCCCGCCGCGACACAGACAUCCGAAUCUCGGCUACAAGGAUAAACUCGCCGUUCUUGCCGCAACCAGCAAGGCUGCUUCAACAACGUUACAGGCUCUAGCUGGGUGUGCAAGCCACAUCGGCAAAUGCGGCGCGACACCAGCUUCCAUCACCACCGAUAUCACCAUGCCCAUCAUGCCGCCGUUGAUUCUGUGGGCGACCCGGGUUGGCGAGGCAGCGCUAUCCCAGGUAGACAAUGUGCAAGACCCACGGCCUGCUGACAAAUUUGGGGGCCCACAGGACAACGAUCGCCUCGACGAGGUGGGGCUAGGAAACGGCACCCAGCCCAAAGUGGAAGGCAAGCGCGCAUGGAGCCAGUGGGCGUGUGCGCUGAUGUGUGCAAGCAGAGCCGCAGAUGGCUGCUGUUCCUACAAAGACGACUCGGGCAGCUGUGAAUUCCUUCCUGGGAGCCCGACGAGAACUACUGAAACAGGCUGGACGCAGGCGCAAUGCGUUCCGGGCUUUGGCACUGCGAAGUGCACGCCAUGGAGCCCGGGCCGCUGCGCCGGUGCUAAGCCGGAGCCGGCUUCGCCUGGACUGCCCGUCUGGGAGCUCAUCUGGGAGGACCAUUUCGACUCUGAGACCUGCGUCCCAGAUAUGUCGGGCGUCCUGCGGCCUAGCCCGGAGUUCUGGAGUGCCGAAAUCGGAUACAAGCGGGGCAAGGAGUUGCAAUGGUAUCAGCCAAAGAACGCAGAGUGCAAAGAUGGUGCUUUGAUCAUCACGGCUAAGCGAGAGCGCCAGGCAUGGGAGAAGCCACAGGGCCCCCAGUGCCAAGUCGUGAACUGGGACUCCAACGAGCAGCCUCUGGACAAGAUUUCAUGUGCUGUUUGUGCUCCUCCAUAUUUUCAGUACUACAACCCUUGCGACUUGGUGCGGAAUGACGACUCCGGGGGUCCGGCAUGCGACUGUUCGGAAUCAGCAGAGUUCACCUCUGCAUCUCUCAUGACUCGCGGCAAGAAGGAGUUUUCCUAUGGCCUCUUCGAGCUGCGUGCCAAAAUCGACACCAGACCAGGAGCCUGGUCCAGCUGGUGGGCAGUCGGUGAUUUCGAUUACGUGCCCUGGCCCAAGAACGGGGAGAUCGACAUCAUGGACGCCUUCCAGAGGAUGGUCAAAGCGAGUGUGAUCCAUGCUGGUGAAUCCGGGCUUCCCAGCAGUGCCAUCCAGCAUGCAGGUGCUCGAAUGAUCGAUCGCGAGUGGGAGAAGUACUACCACACCUGGCAGCUGGAAUGGGACGAAGACUUUAUAGAGAUUCGUAUAGAUGGCGAGGUCAUUCUGAAGCUUGACCUCUCCGUGGCGGAUUCGAAGCGAACUUCUUGGCCCAAUCCGUUCACGGAGGGCAAGAAGUUCUUCAUGAUCCUGAACUUAGCAGUUGGUGGUCACUCAGGAGGAGAUGCUUCCUUGACACAAUUCCCUUCACAGCUCCACGUUGACUACAUCCGUGUGUACCAGAAGAAAGGCACCACAGCGAGCUAG